GCCAUAUCGUGAACGCAAAUAGGGUCCAAGUCCAAAUCUUACCCUACCUUUACCUUACCUUUUGCCCAACAAAAAAAAUUACACCUCAUCAUCUCUCAUUGCCCAUCCGUGCAAAACGCAAAUAAAUGGAUUAUAGGAAUUAUGAUUCCCCGCACGAGCACGGCUAGGAAAUUGGAUUCCCGUUUUUUCUUUUUCUUUUGGUGUUUUUCCCGUUGAGCCUUCUAUAUAUAGCAAGUGUAUUUACACUAGCAAAAUGGCUUCGGCGCCUCUGAUUCACGCGCGCUGUGCUUAUUCUCCAAGAUUUGGUAGUUGUAACCGCAGUAACUACUGUACCCCAUCCUCAACGACCUCUUCUUCCUCGUCCUAUUCCUCCUCAUCUUCCUCUUCUUCUUCUUCUUCUUCUUCUUCUUCUUCGUCUUCGUCCUUCAAUCAUGGCCAUGGAUUGAGCUUCUCUUCUGGCACAAGUAAUAGUUGGAGACAUCAAGGCCUUAAAGCUCAAGCUAUGGGUACCACCACCCAGCGGGGAAAUGUUGCAUCAACCAAGCACAUUGUGAAUGGGAAAAAUGAACCCGAUCAUCUUCUUGUCCUAGUUCAUGGCAUCAUGGCUAGCCCAAGUGACUGGUUAUAUGUAGAAGCAGAGUUAAAGAAGCGUCUUGGAAGAAACUUCUUAAUUUAUGCGAGUUCAUCUAACACCUUUACCAAAACCUUUUCUGGGAUUGAUGGAGCUGGAAAGCGAUUAGCAGAUGAAGUUAUGCAAGUUGUGCAAAAGACAGAGAGCCUGAAAAGGAUCUCAUUUUUGGCCCAUUCUCUUGGUGGUUUGUUUGCAAGAUAUGCUAUUUCUGUUCUUUAUACACCACAUGGCUCAAGUAGUGGCAAACCUGAUGAUCCCAGCAGUUCUAAUGUGGAAAUUUCACAAGCAGAAUGCUCUUCAAGACGAGGUAUGAUUGCUGGAUUGGAGCCAAUCAAUUUUAUUACCUUGGCAACUCCACAUCUUGGGGUGAGAGGAAGAAAGCAGCUCCCAUUCCUCUUUGGGCUUCCAAUAUUAGAGAAACUGGCUCUACCACUAGCUCCUAUAAUUGUUGGCCAAACCGGUAGUCAGCUGUUCCUCACUGAUGGUAAACCCGAGAAACCACCUCUUCUAUUAAGAAUGGCCUCUGAUUGUGAAGAUGGAAAAUUUAUAUCAGCCCUUGGCACUUUUAGGUGUCGCAUCCUAUAUGCUAAUGUAUCUUAUGAUCAUAUGGUUGGUUGGCGCACAUCUUCUAUAAGGAGGGAGUCAGAACUUUCUAAGAAUCCCCCUCGAAGAUCUUUGGAUGGUUACAAGCAUGUUGUAGAUGUUGAGUAUUGUCCCGCAGUUCCCUCCGAUGGCCCCCAAUUUCCUCCAGAAGCAGCCAAAGCAAAGGAAGCAGCACAAAACGCACCCAGCAUGCAAAACACAGUCGAUUAUCAUGAAAUUGUGGAAGAGGAAAUGAUACGCGGAUUACAGCAAUUAGGAUGGAAAAAGGUCGAUGUCAGCUUUCAUUCUGCAUUCUGGCCCUUCUUCGCCCAUAACAACAUUCAUGUGAAAAAUGAGUGGCUACACAAUGCUGGUGCUGGAGUGGUUGCUCAUGUUGCAGACAGCCUAAAACAACAAGAAUCUUCCUCAGUCAUUGCAGCCAGCCUGUAGCAAUUAAAGUAUAUAUAGGAAUAUAAGUGCAUCAUAACCCCUCCCCCUUCUCUCUCUCUCUCUCUCUCUCUCUCUCACAAUUGCAUUAUAGUUGAUACUUGUGGAACAGUCACAUGAUUCAAGCAAUAGUACUUCCAUUGGUCAUUGAUACA